GUUCUUUAACGGCUAAAAACUCUAACGUCUCUCUCUCCCUUUUCUCCUGCCAAACAGGAAAAUCCCUCCAUUCUUUAAUGUUAUAAAGCUUCUUUACAUUUGUCCUGGUUCGUUUCUUUGAAGUCAUACAAAAAAAACCGUUUGUCCAACAACCAUCUCCCUCCUUUUCUUUGUUAUCAUAAUUCCAUUUAAAGGCAAUUAGAGGCUCUGGUUUUUUAUUAUUUUGGCCUCUGGUUCUCUGUCGAUUUGUUAUGUUUAGUGUUCUAAAAAUAGGAGAUUAGAAGUGGGUUUUACCUAAAGCAAGAAAUAGUUUUCUGUCUUCCUCUGUUUUCGUUGCUCUGUUUUCGGCUUUCAAUUCGAUUCUACAAAGGAGGAAAUUAAUUAGGUGGAACAGUUCUUGUGGUUAAUUGUUUUAACAAUCCUCCCCACCAAUUUUCUUUCUGUUUUCUUACUUGAAAAUGGGGUCUUUCCUACUUUCAAUGGCUUGCACAAAGGGGAGAGCUUGAUUUUUGAAUAGUAAUCUUGUUCAGGUUCCCCUGUUUCAACGAAAAUGGCAUCUUCUCAAGUUGAGAUUGCUUCAUCUUCACCAUUUGGUUGUGUUUUGAAAGACCAUAACAGGCGUGAUCGAUACAGUAAAGAAAGCAACGCCAAAGCUCAAGCUGCGUUUCAAAAAAAUCUUAAAGAAUUGGUUCGAGACCAUCUCCAUAGUUGCAUCUCCGUUUCCUCUGUUUCUUCUGCUAACGAGAAUUCUGAAAAUCAUAUGAACAACAACAGCAGUAAUAAUAAUAUCAAUAAUCAUAAUCGUCCGCAUCUAAGAUGUUUAACCAAUCAUCAAAGUAAUAAUAUUGAUGAUUCUUCUACUAUGAGUUGCAAGCAGGCGAAGAUUCUUGAUCGAUGGGCUGCUAAACAAGCUCAAGAAAUGGUUUCAACAAUUGAGAGGCAGAAUGAAGAGGCAGAGAUUUUAAUUUCUGCAAAGGAAAAUUCUAAUUCAACUCAAAAUUCUGCAGCACAAUCCCAAAGAAUCUCUGCAAAGGAAAGUUCUAAUUCAACUCAAAAUUCUGCGGCACAAUCCGACGGAAUUUCUGCAAAGGAAAAUCCUAAUGCAACUCAACAUUCUGCAGCACAAUCCGCAAGAAAUUCUGCAAGGGAAAAUCCUAAUUCAACUCAACACUCUGCAGCACAAUCCGAAAGAAAUUCUGCAAAGGAAAAUUCUAAUUCAAGUCAAAAUUCUGCAGCCCAAUCUGGAAGAAUUUCUGCAAAGGGAAAUCCUAAUUCAACUCAAAAUUCUGCAGCACAAUCCGAAAGAAUUUAUGCAAAGGAAAAUCCUAAUUCAGCUCAAAGUUCUGCAGCACAAUCCGAAAGAAUUUCUGCAAAGGAAAUUCCUAAUUCAACUAACAAUUCUGCAGCACAAUCCGAGAGAAUUUCUGCAAAGGAAAAUCCUAAUUCUGCAGCACAAUCUGAAAAUUUAUGUGGAAGUUCAAAUCUUGGCGCCUCUUCGCUGGUACAGAUGUGGGAAGCAAGGCUACACAGGCCAGAGCCAAAAAUAGAUCAAUCCAGUACUACAAAAAAUUGUCAGAAUUCGACAAUUAGCUCUAGCAGGACAAGUUCUACAUCUAGUUACAAUGAAAUUGUAUCAUCCCCAGUUGAAGAGCCACCGCGACAAUCCGACGUAGUUGAUUCUGCUGCAAAUGAACUUCCAAGACAGACUGAUGUAAUUGACUCUAACGCAAAUGAGGAGACAGUGGAUUGGGACUCAGCAGCACAGAGUUCAACUUCUUCUGUGCCUAUUAAGAGCUCAGAUGUCAGAGAGAAAGAGAGGGUUAGAAUUGCUGACAUUAUUAAAAGACUAACAUCUGAUAAUAAUGAACAUGAGCAAGGAAAUACCAGUGCGGGUGAUGCUCCUCCUUCGCGUAGAUUGUCCUAUGGCUCUGAUCAUGCAGAGCUAAAAGCUCUUCCACAUGUUAUAAAUUCACCAAAGAUUAGAGGAAGACAAGCCUUCAAUGAUUUGCUUUUACAAAUGGAGCAAGAAAGGCAAAGAGAGCUCUACUCGCUUGCAGAGCGCCAAUCUGUCUCAAGAUUCCCUCAACGUGGUCGUAUUCAGUCUAUGCUUCGACUAAGAUGCUUGCAACGUUGCCUGGCGAUUCAAAAUCAACAACGAUCACAACCCAUUCGAACCAUAACAUGUGGUGAUCCUAAUAGAUCACAACACGGGUCAACCAAAAUGCAUUUGAGGGAGAGAUUUCCUGCAGCUGCUGACCAAGCGACAAGUAGUAUAACUGAUCCAAUAGUUAAUCCCACAAGUUCUAAAGAGAACGCUAAUAGCAUUGUAAAUAAUGAGAAUCCUUCUUCUUCUUCUUCGACAAGCCUGAACCAUGUGAUUUCAGAUGAUAAUAAGAAUGAACCAUGUACUGAGGAGCAGACUGUAAUAAGCACACCUGCUGUGGAUAAAUCAUUGUCACAGUCAAGUGAAGUCUAUGAAGAAGAUGCUCAUGAAGAAGCUAGUGCUAGUUCAGAUGUCACUUGGCAAGGAACAAACUCGGAGAGUGACCAUUUUGAUGCAGGAGAGGUUUUAGAAUCGGAUAAUUGGAAUGAUAAUGUGAUGGAGGAUGAGGAAGAGGAGACUGACCGAACUAAUUAUGACUGGUUUACUGAUAUAGCUCGCCCGCGAAGUUAUUGGGAAGAUAAAAGGCAAGCAUGGUAUCAAGAAAUGCUAACUACUAGCUCAGAUAACAAUGAAAUAAAGAAACUACUUGAAAGAAAAGCAGUAUCAAAUUGUCUUUCGAGUGAAUUCCGAGAGAGAAUGGAUCGAUUAAUGACAUCUCAUGUGCAAAGACAAGUCAACCGAGAAGAUGAAGAACUUGAUGCAGAAGGUCAACAGAGAAUGGGGCAGUUAGUAUUGUCAUACUACCAAAGGCAUUCACACUCAACAGAAGAACAAGAAGAUCAAGAUGCAAAUGAAGUACAAAGAGGAGGAGAAGUUGUUGAAGAAGAGGAAGAGGAAGAGGAAGAGGAAGAAGAAGCAGAAGAAGAAAGUUUACCCUCAGUUUCUCCAUCUCCAUAUACAUCAUGGGAUUAUAGUCAUCAUCAUGAAGUUGCUGAUAAUUCUGAACUGGUUUCAAUUACACCCCCAGAGCAAGGUCUGCCAUUUCAAGGUUCCAAUCAGGAGACGCAACACUUUUCUUCUGCAGCUGAUCCAUCAAUUGAAAUGGAUCUAAUAUUCAAUUUAAGAGGGCAUAUGGAACAACUCCAUCGCGAAAUGUCAGAGCUCAAAAAAACUAUGCAAACUUGCAUGGAAAUGCAAGUGACAUUGAUGAAGUCCUUAAAGCAAGAAGUACAUCCAGAUUCAGAAGCUACUGUGAAUUCAAUUGAUAUCACAAAAAAGAGGCGCAAUUGCUGCGUUUGCUACGAAGUGCAGGUUGACUCGUUUUUGUAUAGAUGUGGGCAUAUGUGCACCUGUUUAAAAUGUGCACAUGAGCUGCAAUGGAGUAGUGGAAAAUGUCCAAUAUGUAGAGCUCCAAUUCUUGAUGUUGUGAAAGCCUACAUGGAUUCAUAGAGUGCUAAUACAGUGAUCGAGUUCUUGCUCUAGAGGACCAAUCAUCAGGAAAAUUAACAAAUGUUUUUCUUUGUGAUUUGAUUACUAAUGCCAUAUAGUUUUUUGUACAUAUUUCAGUAACUUACUACCAAA